GAAUGUGAAGAGAAAGUUAUAAAAAGGAGAUUGGUUGAGGCUCAUUGUUUUUCUCAGUAACACUCUCUCCCUCUUCCUCUGUAUCAUUGAGGCUCUCUCAUGAACUCUAAAAAUGGGAACUCGGAUGGGUUGUCCAUCGUCAUCUCGGCUGGCCACCAUUCUAAAGCCCGGACAACAUGUAGACUCAGGCGAGCUCUUCUUUCUCUGCCUAUCCCUCGCCAGGGGUAUUGACUUUGCAGUUGCAAACAGUGAAAAAACAACUAGAUCUCAUGAUUUAUCUACAUUGGUGAAGCAGAUAUGUGAACAAAAAAGUUAUAUCUCCUUACAAGCUAUGAUUAUGGUGGUAAUGAUUUCUGUAAAGAAUGCUUGUAAAGUUGGAUGGUUUUCUGAAAAGGAGACCAAGGAGCUUUAUUCUCUAGCUAAUGAGAUAGGGAUGAACUUCUGCAGUCCAGGGGAUAUUAACACUGCACCUAGCUGUUUGGAUUCUACCGUUGCAACAGUCAUGACUAGGUUUUAUCCACAGUUGAAGAUCGGCCAUAUUCUUGUUUCUCUUGAUGUCAAGCCUGGAAAUGGGAUCUACGCAAUUGAUUUCCAGAUGUUGAAGAACAAUGCGCAGUCUCAAGAGGAAAAGAUUGGUGCAUGUGUAUGGCUUUUUCUUGGUCCAAGGUUUGGACUAGAUAAUCCUGCAUCUACUUUACUUGAUUUUGACCCCAGAGCUUUGGAGACCUUGCAAACGUGUGCCAAUAUGCCUGUACCACGAGGGCUCUGUGUCUUGCACUUAUUUGUAGCGCAAGUUGAUAAUGUGGAGACAUCUGCAUGUAUUAUAACUCCUCAACAAGUAAACUUCAUUGUGAACGGAAGGGGAAUAAAGAAGAGAACUAAUAUGUAUAUGGAUGCCGGCCCACAGAUGCCAACUAAUGUGACUCCGUUGAUGAAAUAUGGAACAAAUCUACUUCAAGCUGUGGGCCAGUUCAAUGCUAAGCCAUUUUGUUCAGGUGUAUCAGGACAAGAAGAUUGCUGAAUAAUUCCUUUUUCCUUUAAAAAACUGCCUAAUGUAUUAUUAAAAUAUUCUGUUCCAUUGUCAGAUCUCAAAAUACUGAUUUUACUAUGAAAUUGUGUUUCAAUCAUACAGUAAAAAUCUUUAAAAAUUUGAGCCACAUCAGAUUUUUCUUUCAUUAAAUAGACCCAACAAAGACGAGUAUGGUCAUCGAUAAAAGUAACAAACCAUUUCUUACCUGAAAAUGUGGUGACCUUGGAGGGUCCCCAAACAUCGUUGUGAAAAAUGUAAAAAAGGUUGAGAAGGACAAUAAGAUUUUUUAACAUAAGUGAUUUUAUGACUCUCGGCCAAUACACAAUUUUCACAUUGAAAAGAUAAAUGAUUUAAUUUUUUAAAAAAAACCAGGGAACAAAUGUUUCAAAUAGGAAAAACUAGGAUGGCCCAACCUAUAAUGCCAUAUCAUUAUUUGAUCAAAAACAGAAAAAGAACUGAUACUACUAAGUCCUUGAGCAAUUUUAUUAAUAGAUAGAGUAUCCUCAAAAUAGUAGAGACCAUUAAUCAUCCUAGCACUGCCAAUCGUCUUCCCCGAGCGUUGGUCCUGAAAAAUACAAUGAGAUUCAUAGAAAACAACACAACAAUUAGAAUCUCUAGAUAGUUGACUAACAGAUAAAAGAUUACAAUGAAGUUGUGGAACAUGGAGAACAGAUUUAAGAUCUAUUCCCUCAGAUAUUUUAACGAGGCAUUUUCCCGCAAUAGGUGCGAGAGUUCCAUUGGCUAUCCUAACCUUUUUAUUACCUAAACAUGGGAUAUAGGAUUCAAACAAUUUAGAAGAAUUUGUCAUAUGGUCAGAAGCUCCAGAAUCAAUUAUCCAUGGAGUAGAAUUUAAAAAGGAAUGGAGAGCAUAUUUUUCAAUACCUGUUUGUGCCACAGAUGCAACAGAAAUACCAGAUGAUUGCGGAUUUGAUUUCAGCAGCUCAUGAAGAUGAACCAUCUGCUCUUUUGUAAAGGGAAGAGCUUCAGCCUCAUCUUGUUUUAUGUCACCAAGUUUGAGAUUCAACUCAAAAAUUUGAGAUUGAUUCUCCAAAUCAGAAUACAUCUGAUGAACAUUAUCCCAUAAUUCCUUAGCAGUAGGAUAACACAUAUAGUUUGAACUAAUCUCCUCCUCCAUAGAAUUAACUAGCCAAGUCAUAACCAUGGAAUUUUUUGCAUCCCAUGUAGCAUAAGCCGAGUCAUCCUCCUUAGGUGCCUUCUUAUCACCCGUCAAAUAGCCCAUCUUCCCGCGUCCUCGCAUGUACAUUCGAGUCGAUUGAGACCAGCGCAAAAAAUUAUCACCAUUAAGACGAAUGGUGGUAAUCUGAACAGAAUGGGAUUCAGAAACAUGUUUAGAGGAUUCAUGGGUGUUAAGGUUGAUAGGUUUCGUUGGUGGGAUAGUAGUGGACUCAUUGGAGGUAUCUGACAUCGUGAUGGGAGAAAGAUUUUACGGCCGGCUCUGAUACCAAGUCAGAAAUAGGGAAAUUUUCUGAUAUAUUAUUUUAUCGUGAAUGAUACAAUAUAUACACAUAUAAGAGGUUGCCCUAAAACAAUACAAUAAUAUUCAACUUUAAUGUCAAAUCACCCUAUAAUUGAUAAUAUAAAACCAUUCUCGUAAUCUAUAAAAAAAGAAUGGAUAUUUAUUUAAUUGUUGCCCAUGCUUAUUCCUCUCCACUUUUCACAUGUGAUUGGCAAAGGUAAAUAAUAUAUUAUGUCCCUAAUUGAUAGGUCAUUCAUGUCCACUAUUACAAAAGUACAGUUGUCAUUCAAGUGCUAUUUUAAUAGUAAAUGGUCAAUCGCUAGCACUAUUUAAACAGUAAGUCGUCAAUCGUUUCUACUGUUUAAUUGAAUUGUCUUCCUUGUCUUUUUCUCUCAGUCAAAUGUACUAUUAUCUACAAUUUUCCAUGUCAUGUUCUAUAAAGUUCACUACUCCCCGAUC